UCAUCAUCAACAGCAGCCUCUUCAUCAGUUCGUUUAAAUCGUCGUAAACGUGCACGUACUGCAAGUAUUAUUGAACUACCUCGAUCCAAUUUACGGAAUGAAAAUAUGGAAUCCGUAGUCGAAGAAGAGUCAGAAAAUCAAUUGAAUCCUUCCUGGGAACAAAUUACAUCAUUUGAAUCUGAUGAAGUAGCAAAACGAGUCACUAAAAAGCCCACUGUUCGUCGUCAAUCCUCAUCUUCGGGCCGACCUUCUCGUGUCAAAGGACCCUGUCAAGCAUGUCAAGAGGCUUCUGAUGGUUGUAUGCGUAAAGCUUUCAAUUGGCCAUUCCCUGCUAGUCAAAUAUUUAAUGAUAAAGGGAAACCCUUUGUCUAUCUUUGUAACAAAUGUGGUCUACGAUAUAAUAAAAGUGGUGGAUGUGUCUGUCGUCAUUGUCGUUGGGUAUUCUGUAAAGAAGAAAAAAGAAAGGCUUUACAACAUAUUGAAGCUAUGCGUCGACGUCGUCCCGAUGGUCAUGUAGAUCCUAAUGAAGAUAUUGAAAACUUUGUUUGUAGUCCCAAAUAUUGGACCUGUGGUAAACCCUGGAAAGUUGGUUGGGUAUUAAACGAUCAUAUCAUUGAUGAAGAAGAACUUGAUUCCAAUCUAUCUUCCCCUCAUGCAUUAUAAAUAAAUAUAUUCCCAUUUCUCACUCUCCUCUUUCUCUCUCCCCCCCCCUCACUCCCAUUCCACACACACACACACACAUAUAUACUCUCUUUUUUUUUUUCUUCAAUGUAAAUAUGUAUUAUGAACAUUUGUAUAUUCCUUUUUUUUUGUUAUUUUUUUCUUUUCAAUAAACAAAUUUUAGCAGCAGGUAGUUUCAUAUCAAGGCAAA